AUGGAUGAAAUCCGCGAGCUGGACAAUCUGCAGCCUCCAGACCGACCCCAAAAUACCUCUACUCAUGAGUUAACUAACAGCGAAGGGCCCAACCGCGUUCCGACGACGCCGCCACCAGUACAAGAUGCUGAGCCUCGGUCGACAGGCCCAAAAACAUGGAGAUUCUGGGCUAUCAUCGUGGCAUUGAGCAUCACGGGGCUUAUGUCCGCAAUCGAGGGUACCAUCAUAACGAGCGCAUUGCCCACCAUCACCAACGCUCUGGGCGGUGGUGAUGCCUACAUCUGGGUCCCCAACGCCUAUCUCCUGGCGCAGGUCGCUAUACUUCCGCUGGCCGGACAAGCAAGCAACAUCUUUGGUCGUCGCCAUCUCCUCUUGGGAUCCGUUGCCCUCUUCACGCUAGGAGGCGGCCUCAGCGGCGGUGCCUCCUCGAUGGCCAUGCUGAUAGCGGCCCGUACCAUCCAGGGGCUCGGCGGCGGGGGGAUUAACCUCCUGAUGGAGACUAUCGUGACCGACAUUGUCCCGCUCCGGGAGCGUGGCCAAUACAUGGGUAUCGUGGGCAUCGGCGCCAUUGUAGGAGCUACCGUGGGUCCGUUUCUGGGAGGUUUAAUCACUGAUCAUGCUUCCUGGCGAUGGUGUUUCUACAUCAACGUGCCCAUCGGCAUUGCCUCUUUCGUGAUCCUAUUUAUUUUCCUCCGCGUCAAGUACGAGCGUGACCUGAGUUGGUCGGCUCGCUUCAAGCGCAUCGACGUCUCCGGUAAUGCCAUCUUUGUGGCCGCAAUCGUCUCUGCCCUAAUUGCACUCACUUGGGGCGGCACCAUCUACAGUUGGAGCACCUAUCACAUCAUUGUGCCCCUCGUACUGGGCCUUGUAGGCGUGUUGCUCUUCGCCGCUUUCGAAUGGACCCCGAGACUUUGUCCAGAGCCUUCAUUCCCACGGCAGAUCGUAUCGAAUCGUACCUCAGCAGCCGCUCUCGGUCUGACCUUCAUUCACGCGGUCGUCGCCUAUUGGGUAUACUACUUUCUGCCGAUAUACUUCCAAGCCAUUAAAGGCCUGUCACCUCUGCGCUCCGGAGUGAACACAUUGCCCAAUGUUGCUGGCGGGCUUGUCUUUGCAGUUGCGGGAGGCGUCCUACUCUCCAAGUUUGGCCGCUAUAAGCCUCUCCACUUGGUCGGAUUCGCUCUUCUGAACGCCGCCGGCAGUGGCAUGCUUGGCGGCGUGCUUCUGCCCGCUGUUCAAGCGCCUCUGGAUGAAAGCUAUGUCGCCACGGCUACUGGCAUUUGGAGCUUUGCUCGGUACUUCGGCUGCAUCUGGGGUGUCACUAUCCCGAGUGCCAUUUUUAACAACGAGUGCAGGCGUCUCUCGAGCAGCAUUACCGACGCGGAUAUCGCUAGUAAUCUGUCGGGAGACAGUGCGUAUCAGCAUGCUACAGGUGCCUUUCUAUCCAGCAUUCAAGACCCGGCACUUCGUGCAGAGGUGGUGAAGGUCUUUACCGGAGCGAUGCGGACGGAGAUUGAACUACGGAAGGAACUCAACAACAAUUUUGGUGUAGAAGACAAAAAGGAUGCCAUCAUCGCGCCAAAGACAGACACCGAAGCUGCACCAUCAUCUAACCCAGUCUAA